AUAAAAGGAAAGUUGCAGGAGCUGGGGGCUUAUGUUGAUGAAGAGCUCCCUGAUUAUAUUAUGGUUAUGGUGGCCAAUAAGAAGAGUCAGGAGCAGAUGACAGAAGACCUUUCCCUUUUCCUUGGAAACAAUACUGUCAGAUUUACUGUCUGGCUCCAUGGUGUUUUGGAUAAGUUGCGAUCUGUGACUACUGAACCAACUAGUGUAAAAUCUACAGAAUCUAAUAUCUUUGAGAGCAACCUUCCUUCCAGCAAAAGCAGUUCAUGUGUGAGCGAUGAGAGGAGGCGUGAGGAUAUCUUGCCACCUCUUGCAGUUUCCAGCACUCGGACUGAAAGAAAUGACUCAAGAGUCUCAACGAGCUCGCAGGAACAAAGGAGCACUGCUUCACGGCAGUCUUGUGAAGAUGGUUCUGCAUCCCGUUUAACAUCUACAGUCAAGCCUUUGAGGGAAUUGUCACCUUCUGAAGCUGUAAUUGACAUCAAACCCGAACCAGAUGAUCUAAUUGACGAAGACCUAAACUUCGUGCAGGAGAAUCCAUUGUCACGGAAGAAACCUAUUGUAACUGUAACUUAUGGUUCUUCUCGUCCUGCCGCUGAAAUCUACCGACCGCCAGCUAGCAGGAGUGCAGAUGGCAAUGUACAUGUGCACAGAUUGUCACAGCAGGGCAACUUACAGGGGAGCCGGCAGUUAGACACGCAAAGCUGCAGGUCUUUGGAAACAGGCCAGCUGUGCAAUCCAGAAGCAUGUGGCAGCUUAGCAGAGAGUUACAGACCCACCUCCAAACUUAGUGCUGAUAAAGUAGGCAGUGAGGAAGAAAGCUCCAGGAAGAGACGGUUGCCUGUUGUAAGCUCAGUAGUCAAAGUGAAAAAGUUCUGUAAUGAUGGGGAAGAUGAGGAGGAGGAGGAAGACUAUGGAUUGCGAACAGGAAGCAUCUCCAGCAGUGUGUCUGUACCUGCAAAGCCAGAAAGAAGACCUUCAUUGCCACCUUCAAAACAGGCCAAUAAGAAUUUAAUACUGAAAGCAAUCUCUGAAGCACAGGAAUCGGUUACGAAAACAACCAAUUAUUCCACUGUUCCACAGAAACAGACGGUUCCAGUUGCACCAAGAACUCGAAUUAGCCCAGAAGAAUCUCAGUUAGAAGUAAUCCAUGUGCAAAACAGGCUGCCUGCUCUGAGUUCUCAGCUUCAAGUAGAAGAGCCAAAGGAGCAGACAGUUGAAGGAAUUCAAGGAGCUGAACAAAAGGAGCUCUCUUCUCGGCUCCAGAUCGAUCCUGUGAUUGAAGAUACUCUGCAAGUGACUCAAGAUUACUAUGAUGCAGAAUCUAUGGUCCAUACAGAUACUAGGUCAUUUAUCCUGAAGAAGCCCAGGUUAUCUGAGGAAAUAGUGCCACAGAAUCAGCAACUGGGAAAGAGGGCUACAGAAGCAAUACGAGUACUCUCAGGACGUCUGAUACAGACACGAGACCAGCUUGCACAGCCAGAGAAACCUGCUAGUCCCAAGUUCAUCGUGACACUGGAUGGUGUGCCCAGUCCGCCAGGAUACCUUUCUGAUCAAGAAGAGGAAGAUAUGUGUGUAACUGAAGGGUUAAAGCCAGUUAACCAAAGUAUGUGUGUCGGCAAAGGAUUAAAAGGCCUUCGAGCACAGCAGAUGCAAAUUGUAACCAGGCAGCUAGAGAGCUGUGAUGGUAAUUAUGCUUACCAACAGGAUCUAACGUUAAUGUGGUGGUUUGACUUGGAUAUGGAACAGUUAAAUGUGCUGCAAAAACAGGAGAAGGUGCUUGAGCGCUGCAAGUACUGGCCUGCCUGUAAAAAUGGAGAUGAAUGUGUGUACCAUCACCCCACACUACCUUGCAAAGUUUUUCCUAACUGCAAAUUUGCUGAUAAAUGCUUGUUCAUCCAUCCAAACUGUAAAUACGAUGCAAAGUGCACUAAGCCAGACUGUCCUUACACUCAUGCCAGUCGACGAACCCCCCAUCCACCUCCUAAACCAGCACCACUACCCACGCCGUCUGUCUCCUCCAGUAGUCCGCUGUGCAAGUUUUUUCCUGCUUGUAAGAAAAUGGAAUGUCCAUUUUACCACCCAAAACAUUGUAGAUUUAACACCCAGUGUACAAGACCAGACUGCACGUUUUACCAUCCAACUAUCGCUGUACCUCCACGCCAUGCCUUGAAAUGGACGCGAACUCAAACCAGUGAAUGAUGAUGAUGAUGAUACAACUUGGGACUAAACUCUGCCUCCUUCGGACAGCAGCGGAAAGGAAGAUGAACCACCAGGGCACAGGAUGUUAGAAAAAUCCAUGCAUUUUGAACUUUUACUAUACAUUGUUUUCAUAAAAUGAGGUUGAUUGCAUACUUGAAAUGUCUCUAAUUUUCCAAGUUUGUAAGUUUGAGCAAUUUUACAUUUUUUUUACACUGUAAGAAGAAAACGUCUGUGUAAGAGAAGUUUUACUUUAAAUUCCAUUAAAAAAUUUCAGAGCA